AUGGAGGAUACUGCAUAUAUGUCCGACGACAAUGAUGACUUUCAUGAAGACAAUCGAGGUGAUGUUCCGUAUAUGGUAGAUGAUCUGGCCAGGUCUGGAAGGCGAGGUGAGGGUCAGCCAAAUCUCUAUUCCAAGCUAAUUGAGGAAGCCAAGAAAGAACUUUACGAGGGAUGCAGCGACUUCACACGGCUAUCAUUCAUUAUUAAGCUCCUCCAUGUCAAAUCAUACAACCGGAUUACAAAUAGAGGAUUCAAUGCAAUUCUUGAGCUGAUCAGUGCGGCGUUUCCACAUGCUGACAUACCAAAAUCAUACACGGCGGCCAAGAGUGUUCUUCAGGAAGUUGGGCUUGGUUAUGAGACUAUUCAUGUCUGCAAGUUUGAUUGUGCAUUAUUUUGGGGGAUCUAUGCCAACAACACCCAUUGUCCUGAGUGCGGGACAUCAAGAUGGAAAGACACGGAGAGAAAUAAAAAGGUACCUCACAAGGUUCUUAGGUACUUUCCUAUAAUCCCUAGGCUUCAAAGAUUUUUCGUGUCAAAGGAACAUUCAGCAAAUGCAAGGUGGCACAAGGAGAAGAGGUUUCCUGAGGCAAACAUUAUGAGACACCCUGCGGAUGGUGAAGCCUGGAAGCACUUUGACCGUGAGUUUGCAUGGUUUGCUGAAGAUGCCCGUAACAUUAAGCUUGGUAUUGCCACGGACGGAUUUAACCCAUUUGGAAACAUGAGUAAUUCAUACAGUAUGUGGCCUGUUUUUGUAAUCCCAUAUAACUUCCCACCAUGGAUGUGCAUGGACCAAUCCAAUUUCAUGAUGUCUUUGCUUAUUCCUGGAAGAAAAGCACCUGGAAAGGAGUUCCAUGUAUUUAUGCAGCCGCUGAUUACAGAUAUGAUGAAGCUUUGGGGAACCGGUGUGGAAUCGUAUGAUGCAUUGACAGAGGAUUCAUUUACUUUGCAUGCUGCAUUCUUGUGGUCGAUUCAUGAUUACCCAGGACUGGCCACUUUAUCAGGACGUAGCACAAGAGGCUAUUAUGCAUGUGUGCAUUGUGAUGAGAACCCUUGCUCCAUGCCUUUGAAACAUAAGAUUGGGUAUACCGGGCAUCGCAGAUUUCUGCCUACUAAUCAUCGUUUCAGAAAAAGCAAAGAUUUCAACGGGUCGAUUGAGACACGAGAGAAACCUCGAAAGUUCACAAAUGAUGAAGUGUUGGAAAAGUUAGAGAAAGUUAAGAAUUUCAAACCAGGGAAGUAUCCAGGAAAUAAGAAGAGAAAGCGCACUCAGAAAGACGAACCAAACUGGAGUCAGAAGGUGAGCUUAUAUGAUCUGCCAUAUUGGUCAAAACUGAAAUUACCAUACAACAUUGAUGUAAUGCACGUUGAGAAGAACAUAUGUGACAAUAUACUUGGGACUAUAUUGGAGAUUCAGGGAAAGAAUAAGGAUACAGAUAAUGCCAGGAUAGAUUUGCAAAACUUAGGAAUCAGGGAAGACUUGCACUUGAAACCUGAUGGAAAGGGUGGGAUGGUGAAGAGAAAAGCAGAGUAUAAUCUUACCAAGGAAAACAAGAAAAGAUUCUGCGAGUAUUUAGCUAAUGUGAAAUUUCCAGAUGGGUAUGCUGCUAAUCUAGCCAGAUGUGUGGAUCUUGAAACAUGUAAAGUGUAUGGGUUGAAGACCCAUGACUGCCACAUAUUACUGCAACAAGUAAUACCUGCUGCACUCAGAGGGCUUGUGAGGAAAGACAUAUAUGAGGCCAUUGCUGAACUGGGACAUUUUUUCAGACAGUUGUGCUCUAAAACUCUUAGACUUGAUGUGCUUCAUCGGAUGAAGGAUGAUAUUCCUGUAAUUCUUAGCAAGCUUGAGAGGAUUUUUCCACCCGCCUUCUUUGAUGUCAUGGUCCAUUUAGCUGUUCACCUACCCGAAGAGGCGAUUCUGAGGGGGCCCGUGCAUUAUGGAUGGAUGUAUCCAAUAGAAAGAAGGCUUGGGUACCUAAAGGGAACUGUUCGUAACAGAGCAAAGCCAGAAGGGUCAGUUGCAGAGGCAUAUGUGGUUGAUGAGUGCUUGACUUACUGCUCUAGAUUUCUAACUAAUAUUGAGACAAGAUUUAACAAAGGAGAUAGGAACAAGGAUGGGAAGAGGGUUGCUUCUCCUGAUGAGUUGAGAGUUUUUUCAACUGCUGCAAAAGGUUUUGGGAAGGCCGAACUCAAAUAUUAUGACAGUGAGUACGAUCAGCUGGUUUGUGUUUGUCGUGAAGAAUUACAAAGGAAAGGUGUGAUUAGAAUUGAGCAAACACUUAAGAAGGAAUUCGCAGCAUGGUUUGAGAAGCAUAUUCAUCAUUUAGGAGAGCAGAAUGUUUCAGAGGAUCUGUACUCACUAGCAUGUGGCCCAGACAAGCGUUUACAAGUGUAUUCUGCCUGCAACGUGAAUGGUGUUCGGUACCACACUCUGGAUCGUGAGAAGAGGAGAAGAACUCAAAAUUCAGGCAUCAUGGUGAAGGCAGAUGACAAUGGCGCAGAGGUUGUGUACUAUGGUGUUUUGAAAGAAGUUCUUGAGUUGAUGUACCCGAAAAACAAGCAUGGAGAAAGGUCAAUCUUCAUGUUUCGUUGUGAUUGGUAUGAUAUUACAAGCAAGGCGACCGGGUUGAGAGAUGAUGGGUACUUCAAAAGUCUGAAUCAUAAGGCAAUUCGGUACAAGAAUGAUCCCUUCAUAUUGGCUUAUCAAGCAGAUCAAGUGUUUUACAUGGAGGACACAUGUCUUGGAAAAGACUGGAAAGUGGUGCAGACUUUCAGUCAUAGACAUUCGUAUGAUGUUCCUGAAUUAGAGACAGGUGACCUCAAUGCUGAAGAUGCAUACCAAGAAGAUAUGACAUCGGAAACUUUCACUGUGCACGAUGCUGAUCCGUUGUUUCACACUUUUGGCCGUGAUGAUGAAGAAGGCACGACUGUUGAUCCUAAAAUUGUUGCGGGGACUGAGAAUAAUGAUGAGAACUAUGACGAAGAUAGUGGUACUGACAAUGAUGAAUAUGAUGACGAUGCGUUCAGUGAUCAUUCAAGUGAUGAUGAAGUUUAG